CCCCGUAGUGUGAUUUUUCGCCGGGUCCUCGCCAGUCAGAGCAACACUUCGCGUGCCGUUUUAUCUGAUCGCGUUCGUCGAAAUACAUUUUACAAACGUACACAUGAACUAAAAAAAAAAAAAAAAAUACGCACUGGAUUUUAAAAUCAUAUCGACGGAGUUAAGUGCGUUGACCCCCGCAAUAAGUAGUAAUAUUUUAGAGCAACCUUGGUUUUCGGUAUUUUUUUUUUUUUUUUAUAGUCACCUAACUCAGAGGCGUACUGUGAAAUCGUUUUGUGCUUGUGCAUUUUUGUGGUUUUUUUCUUUUCGUCGAACCGAAGAAUAACUACCAGACAUAGUUUCAACGUAAAAACGUGUCCAUUCAAGGUCAGCUACGUUAAUGUAACCGUACCCUCAUAUUAAACGUCAAGUUAUCCAUCAAUUUUCACAAAAAAAAUUAAAUUGCUUACACCCACAUAAACGCUCAGCAGGUGCAGUUCCGCGCUAAUUAAACCAAGACGAACAAAUGUGAGACCAUAUUUUGUGUUUUAUAUGCGUGGAUUUGAAAACUUGGAGGACUCUAUGUGGCAACACGUACUGAACAUAAGAUGACCAAAUGCGUGGACCAUGCCCGGUGGCCAGCCAGUGCAGCUGAUCGUCAUGGUGUUGGUGUAUUGUGGAACAACAUUUGGAGAUUGGGCCGAUUGUCCAACCCCUUGUCAAUGCAAGUGGAGUUCGGGGAAGAAAACAGCAUUGUGCAAAGAUGCCGAUUUUACCGAUAUACCUUUAUCGCUAGAUGCCGACAUGCAGGUACUUGAUCUGAGCUCCAAUAAUUUACGCCACUUACCGGAGGAUGCGUUUAAAAAAGUAGGACUUCUUAAUCUGCAGCGAGUAUUCCUACGCGGUUGCGGAAUACAUAAUGUUCAUAAAGAUGCGUUCAGAGAAUUGAAAAUACUCGUAGAAUUGGAUCUCAGUGAUAACUUGAUUGGUUCAUUGCACCAAGAGACAUUUCAGGGAAAUGAACGACUCCGCGUGCUAUAUUUGAAUGGAAACCCAUUAACUGAAAUUAAAGAAGUUCAAUUUCCCGUCUUACAGCAUCUUCGAACACUAGAACUGCAACACUGUCAAAUUAAACGAAUACACAGAGAUGCUUUCUUGCACUUGUCCUCAUUGGAGUCAUUAAAUUUAAAUGGAAACCUAUUAAAGUGGUUAUCAGAAACUGUAUUCUUGCCUAUAUCUAAACUGAAAACAUUAUCUUUGGAUGGAAACCCGUGGGUGUGUGAUUGUCAUUUAAGGAGUUUUCGAAACUGGUUUGUUUCGUCAAAUUUAUAUUCACAUCCGUUGUCGUGUAUUGAACCGAAUGUUUUGUCGGGCAGUCGGUGGGAGAACAUAAAACCACCAGAGUUUGCAUGUCCUCCAGUAGUCAAGAUUGACAGGAAUAGCGUGUUAGAAGAUGCCGGUAAUAUUACUUUUACUUGUAAAGUGACCGGAGACCCUGAGCCAGAAGUGAGCUGGUAUUUUAAUGGACAUAGUAUAGACAACUAUACCGAUCGAAUGGACGAAAAUCGUACGUGGCUAGAUAACAAUCGAAUGUGGAGUGCCCUACACAUAUUCAAUGUUUCAGAUGUAGUGGCUGGCGAAUUUACAUGUGAAGCUCGGAAUUCACGUGGACAAAUGUCAGCCAAUGUAUCCUUAGCAUUACCAGAAGUAGCAGUCGCUACGACAUUAAGCAAAUCUAAAUCUAUGUAUUUGGUAAUAGUUUGUGUAGCCGCUAGUGCAACGGUCCUAUUAUUUGUGAUAGGCUUGACAUGUUGCGUAUGUCAAGUGAAGAAAUCAGGGGGACGACGCGAUAGUAAGACUAAUUUUAAAGGAAGUACUAGCUUCAGCGAUGCAGACAAACGACUACUCGAUGCAAGCAUAUCGACUACACAAGCUGGAAGCUGUGAAAUGCUUGGCGGCUCUUCUUGCCAGGACUUGGAGCUCAUUGAACAGUCUUUACAAAAUAUCCCAUUGGCCGCCGUCUGUGACCAACAACCGGUUCACAUAACUAUUGAGAGUCAUGACCCCAACUCUAGUUUGUCACUGUACCCACCACCACCAGAAUUUUCCACUAGUAUUCUGCCAUCAGUCAGUGGUUUUGGAAAUAUAUUUAUUUCAGUAUCGGUGAGCCAAGAACCACCUGACCCUGAAUCAAGGUAUCCAGACUUACUUGACAUGAAGCACAGACAAAAGCAAAGCGUCAGUGUUGGUACCAGCUCAACCCAUCAUAUUCCACCAGCGUCGUCAUACUACGCCACUAUGCCGAGGAAAAAACGAAUAAUAGACCAUCAAUCCAUCAAAUCGGUUAUGCCACAUUAUGAUAACAUGGGUCCGAGAAUAACAGCAACGGGAAGUUGUACGAACUUGUCAUCUCUUUCUAAUAGUGGCGAAUCUUCCGAUGAUAUACCACCACCACCGCCACCCCCUUUAUGUACAGGACACACUGACUACGUGGCUCUAUAAUUAAAUAAUGUAUGUACUCGUAAAAAAAUAAUUUUAAAUCUUUCUUUGAAGUGUUAAGCUAGAUAAAUAUUAUAAAUAAUACAGAAUUAAUAUGUAGAAAUUCGGUGUUGUUUAUGAUAUAUUAUAUUAUAUUCACUAAAAAAAACAAACCAUAAUUUAUGGAAAAUGUUUGAAACCAAAAAACAUUUGAAAGAAAUCUGCACAGAAAAAGUUAAAUACAAUUUAAGAGAAGGUAUUGUUACUAUUGACGUUUACACAGAACAUUGAAAGCUUAAGUCGUAUUAUCCAUCAUCAAUCACAUGGCGCUUACUAUAGGGGCAGCAUUAUUAAUAAAAUAGUAUUAAAGGGGAAACCCUGAAUACAAUAAAUAAUAAUGAGAAAAUAGAAAGAAAAAAAGUAAUCAUUGUAUAAAUGUUAUAUAAAAGUUCGGUUCUGAUACUAUUUGUUUGGUUGUUUAUAUGUAUUUUUUUUUUACGAAGUCAGUAGGUUAAACUUGACAAUCUAUAGUUUUAAUACUUAAAUUAUAAGUAUUUUUAUGUUUAAAUGGGAGUCAAAAAUCUUAUUUUCUAAUUAAUCAUGGUUUUAUUAUCGCUUUCUAUAAAAAGAAAUACACGUUUUUCAUAAAAAAUACAUAAAUAUAUUGUAUUCCUGUUAAAUUGUAGUAUUAGAUGAUAAUAAUUUGAUUAAUUGUUGAGUUUAAAAUUAUUGGUAAAUAUAAAUUCCUACAAUCUCAUUAAGCUAUCAACUUAAUUAAUAACUUUUGUAUGAUGAAUACUGGUUGUCAAUAACUAAUAUUCAUUAUUAAAAUUUAAAAUUAUUAUUUUAUAACUUUUA